CGGCGUGUGGCAAGUGUGAGCGCAGGCUUGGCGGUGCAGCGGCGGCGACUCUCACAUCAGAAGCGGCUGUCAACCCUCAGCGAGCACACACACGCAACACCAUGAGGGAAAUUGUGCACCUACAGACCGGCCAGUGUGGCAACCAGAUCGGAACUAAGUUCUGGGAAAUUAUCAGUGAUGAACAUGGCAUCCAGCCAACUGGAGAGUACUCUGGCACUGAUAAGGACUUGAUGGAACUCCAGUUAGAACGAAUCAAUGUAUAUUAUAAUGAGGGCAACCAAGGAAAGUAUGUUCCCCGUGCCAUCCUGGUCGAUCUGGAGCCUGGUACAAUGGACAGUGUUAGAGCCGGACCUCAUGGACAACUCUUCAAACCAGACAGCUUUGUUUUUGGUCAGAGUGGUGCAGGCAACAACUGGGCUAAGGGUCAUUACACUGAAGGUGCUGAAUUAGUAGACUCUGUACUCGAUGUUAUCCGCAAGGAAGCCGAGAAAUGUGACUGUCUUCAGGGCUUCCAAUUGACACAUUCCCUUGGUGGUGGUACUGGAUCUGGCAUGGGCACUCUUCUUGUAUCUAAAAUUCGUGAAGAAUUUCCAGACAGAAUAAUGAAUACUUUCUCUGUUGUCCCAUCUCCUAAGGUAUCUGAUACUGUGGUAGAACCCUACAAUGCAACCCUAUCAAUCCAUCAGCUUGUUGAGAACACAGAUGAAACCUACUGUAUCGAUAAUGAGGCACUAUACGAUAUCUGCUUUAGAACACUCAAACUCCAGAACCCCACUUACGGCGACCUUAACCAUCUCGUUUCUCUUACAAUGUCUGGUGUGACAACAUGCUUCAGAUUUCCAGGUCAGCUGAAUGCUGAUCUAAGAAAGCUGGCUGUCAACAUGGUACCCUUCCCUCGUCUUCACUUCUUUAUGCCUGGAUUUGCUCCUCUCACUGCUCGUGGAUCUCAACAGUACCGUGCCCUUACAGUCCCAGAACUCACUCAACAGAUGUUUGAUGCAAAGAACAUGAUGGCAGCCUGUGACCCCAGACAUGGGCGUUAUUUGACAGUUGCUGCUAUCUUCCGUGGUCGUAUGUCUAUGAAAGAAGUUGACGAGCAGAUGUACAAUAUCCAGAAUAAGAAUUCCUCAUUCUUCGUAGAAUGGAUUCCCAACAAUGUUAAGACGGCAGUUUGUGACAUUCCUCCUCGUGGUAUCAAAAUGGCCUCUACCUUCAUUGGAAACUCUACUGCUAUUCAAGAACUUUUCAAACGUGUUGGUGAGCAGUUCACUGCUAUGUUCCGGCGAAAAGCUUUCCUUCAUUGGUACACUGGAGAAGGUAUGGACGAGAUGGAAUUCACAGAAGCCGAAUCUAACAUGAAUGAUUUGGUAUCUGAAUACCAGCAGUACCAGGAAGCCACCGCAGACGAUGAAGCAGAAUUCGAAGAGGAAGGUGAAGUCGAGGGAGAAUAUGCCUAAGAAAAACUUUUAAAAUUGGUCAACUUUUAAACUUUCUUUACUUUAGUUGAUCGGUGUACAUUCCUAAUUUAAAAUGUACAAGUCUAAUGCGAACAAAUUUUCUUCUAUUUCUUUCUAUUUUUACGUAAUAUGAUUUUUAGCACAGA